AUUCCAAAUAGUGCUUCUUCUCCAGGCUGUAGCUAAGCGCCAAAGCCCUCUCUAUAUAAGAAACCCAUGGUCUCCAAGACUGUAUCUCUGAUAUAGGAACUGGGAUAGAAACAGGCGGAGCCAAAGCUAAUUAAGGUUGUGUUGCUAAGUUGACACACAUAUCGCAAUGGGGAGCAACGAGGGCAGCGGUGGCGAGGGAAAGCAGACGAUGGUGGUGCCUGAGAUCAAGUUCACCAAGCUCUUCAUCAACGGCGAGUUCGUCGACGCCGCCUCCGGCAAGACUUUCGAGACGAGGGACCCUCGAACAGGCGACGUGCUGGCCAACAUCGCGGAGGCGGACAAAGCAGACGUGGACCUCGCCGUCGCCGCCGCCAGGGAGGCCUUCGAGCAUGGCCCGUGGCCCCGCAUGUCAGGAUACGCGAGGGGCAGGGCCUUGAGCAAGCUGGCCGACCUGGUGGAGCAGCACAUCGAGGAGCUGGCGCAGCUGGACGGCGCCGACGCCGGGAAGCUGCUGCUGCUGGGCAAGAUCAUCGACAUCCCGCACGCGGUGCAGAUGCUGCGCUACUACGCCGGCGCGGCCGACAAGAUCCACGGCGAGACCCUGCGCGUGUCCGGCAAGUACCAGGGGCACACCCUCAAGGAGCCCGUCGGCGUCGUCGGCGUCAUCAUCCCGUGGAACUUCCCCAGCCUCAUGUUCUUUCUCAAGAUCAGCCCGGCCCUCGCCGCUGGAUGCACCGUCGUCGUCAAGCCAGCCGAGCAGACCCCACUUUCGGCGCUCUUCUACGCUAACCUCGCAAAGGAGGCCGGUAUUCCGGAAGGAGUGAUCAACGUCGUGCCAGGUUUCGGCCCGACCGCCGGCGCCGCCAUAGCCUCCCACAUGGACAUCGACAGCGUUGCCUUCACUGGCUCUGGCGAAGUCGGCCGCCUCGUGAUGGAGGCAUCUGCACGGAGCAACCUGAAGACGGUCUCACUUGAGCUCGGCGGCAAGUGUCCGCUGAUAAUCUUCGACGACGCCGACGUGGACAUGGCGGUGGAGCUCUCAAGGCUCGCCAUCUUCUUCAACAAGGGAGAGGUUUGCGUCGCCGGGUCUCGUGUUUAUGUUCAGGAAGGGAUCUACGACGAGUUCGUCAAGAAGGCCGUCGUGGCAGCACAGAACUGGAAAGUUGGAGAUCCCUUCGAUGUCACCACCAACAUGGGUCCCCAGGUUGACAAGGUCCAGUUCGAGAGGGUCCUAAAGUACAUUGAUAUUGGCAAGAGCGAGGGGGCGACUCUUCUCACCGGCGGCAAACCCACCGGCGACAAAGGAUACUACAUUGAGCCUACCAUAUUUGCAGAUGUCAAGGAGGACAUGAAGAUCGCGCAAGAUGAGAUCUUUGGCCCUGUGAUGUCCCUCAUGAAGUUCAAGACGGUCGAUGAGGCGAUAGAGAAGGCCAACUGCACCAAGUACGGACUUGCCGCCGGGAUCAUCACCAAGGAUCUGAACAUCGCCAACAAGGUAUCAAGGUCGGUGCGCGCCGGGACCGUGUGGGUGAACUGCUACUUCGCCUUCGACCCCGAGGCGCCCUUCGGCGGGUACAAGAUGAGCGGCUUCGGCCGGGACCAGGGGAUGAUGGCCAUGGACAAGUACAUGCAGGUCAAGAGCGUGAUCACCGCAGUCCCUGACUCGCCUUGGUAUUAGACAAGGCACUGCAAAGGUUCUACUUUCUGUGCACUGUACACGCUUGAUGAGUUCGUCGGUGCUUGUGUAUAGCAGUCCUUGCUUUGUGCCUGGUUUGUUGGAUGUGCCAGUUUGUUGGAGCCGUGUGAUGGUGAAAUUGAUUUUCGUCCGAUCUUUCGCUAUGUAUUUGACAAUGGAUGUAACAUCAUCGUUCUGAAA